AAAAGAACCGGUACCAAACCGAUAAAGAAUCCAGAAACUACCAUUAUGGGAAAGAGGAAAGUCACACGAAGACGGCGUUUGGAACCUUUAAAAUAUAAUGCACACCAUUAAUCUUCUUCAUUGUCUCUUGGCCUUUGGCUUCUGUAAGGGAGAGAUCUCUCUCCAGAUCUCUUGUUGGCUGCGCGGGUUUCUCUGCUAAGCUCACCACCAUGACUCGAGGAAGCCAGAGAGAGCGAGACCGUGAAAGGGCUCAAGCUCGUGCCGGAGGCAAGGGAAAGACCAAAGACGAUGGUUUAACUCCAGAGCAACGCCGUGAAAGGGAUGCAAAAGCAUUGCAAGAGAAGGCGGCGAAGAAAGCUGCUCAAGCUGCAGGAGCAGCUACUUCCGGAGGAGGAGGCAAAGGAAACAAUAAUAAGAAAUGAUUUGUGUUUUUGUAACUUUCUUUCUUUUGAAAUUGGGUAUUGUUUGUGUGUUGAGCUGUGCUUUUUAAUGACUUGAUUGUUUGUGGUGUGAGGUGUUUUACCCUCUUUUAAUGGAAUCCAUUUUCCAUUUGAACAUGACACUUUGAGAAUACUAAGACAGUAUAUUUUUCUAAA